UAGUCAUCAUCAUCAGGAACAGAUCUCCUGCUGCUUCCGUUUCUACCAUUAUCCUCUGGAUAGAAGCAAGACGAUUAUGUCGGCGAGCGUCUGAAAAUUAUGUAUGUUUUGGAUGUGUUUUUUACGUAUCCAGAGUGUUUAGAUACGUCGUCUCCUCCCAGCUUCCACGUAUGGUACAACGGCACCUAUUGGAUCAGCAGUUGGUGUUGGUGGGCCGGGCUGGGCUGAGUGGUAAAGCACGCCAUUAAGAAUCUCUGAGCCCAACUUAACUUUAACCAGAUAACCACAGUCGAAUUUGCCUUCAAUUGUACCUAUGGCUGUGAAACUCGACGAACCUGUGCCAUGUAUUCAUAUGUCACAUGUAUUCAUAAUCUAAUUUAAAUAAAAGACAUUAUCUUAUAGUCGCAUCCGGUUUGGUCCACGUAGUCGGUUUAUUAUCCAACAAAAUCCAAAUAAAUCCAAAUAAAUCCACGUAGUAGGAGAUGGCUCUCGUCGAAUACACUCCUCCAAGCAUAGGUUAUACUAGCUCUUAUCCUCCUCCUUCCCAAGGUUCGUCGAGUUUCACAGCCAUAGGUACAAUUGAAGGCAAAUUCGACUGUGGUUAUCUGGUUAAAGUUAAGUUGGGCUCAGAGAUUCUUAAUGGCGUGCUUUACCACUCAGCCCAGCCCGGCCCACCAACACCAACUGCUGAUCCAAUAGGUGCCGUUGUACCAUACGUGGAAGCUGGGAGGAGACGACGUAUCUAAACACUCUGGAUACGUAAAAAACACAUCCAAAACAUACAUAAUUUUCAGACGCUCGCCGACAUAAUCGUCUUGCUUCUAUCCAGAGGAUAAUGGUAGAAACGGAAGCAGCAGGAGAUCUGUUCCUGAUGAUGAUGACUACGGCU